UGUCAAAAUAUAAAUCAAUCUGUACUAUCUAUAGUGUGCAUAAAUUAGAAAAGAAUUAGAAGAGAGGAAUGAAUUUGCGUAACUGAAGACUUUCAAUGUUUAAUAAUUAGGAUAUACUUAUAAGUGUUAUGUUAAAAUAUUUUAAAUAAAUUGAAAGACUAUGGGAUUGUCCUAUUCCGUGUUUCCCUAAAAUUUCAAUUUAAACCCUGGAGUCUGGAUAAUUAAAUAAUAACAAAAAUAUACGCAAUUAUAAUGAUUAUUUAUUUUAUGAUAAACCAUAAACAUGAAACUACAGUUGAUAUCAUAUUUUAUAGUUUACCUAAAUAUUUCCAUAGUAACCUUUAUCAACAAUAAUAAGUAUAAAUAGUAUAAUAUCGUACGAUAGUCGACUGCAGUAAAAGUGCAACGAGCGGCUGAUUGCUAUAAUGCGUCCACAUUCAGCGUGCAUCCAUCAGUUAUACUUUUUGGGUAAUCAUGUGCAAUGCGCAAAAAUCAACCGUCUAUGAGUGAGCAUAGAUUUUUCACAAGAUAAAAUAAUAAUUAUUUUAUUUUUGGGACGGAGUGACUGCGGGUGAGCCAAGAAAACAAAAAAUAGAAAUAGUAGCUACAAUUAGUACAUGUUAUAUUUUUAUAAUUAUACUAAACUAAUAAAAGUGCAUUUGCCGGUUCAUUAUAAUUUAAAAAGCAUCUAGGAAUACGUAAAUAGCGAGAAGAAUGAAUGAGCGGAUAAACAAAUAAAAAUUCGACGAAAGUACCUAAAAAGAAUAACAAACAUUUAUAAUAUAUUCUCUUUAAAAUUAUUACUUAUAAUAUUUAUAAUAUAUUAUCAUAAUUUUGAGAGUUAUCAUUUAUCAAUAAUUUACUAUGGUAGUUAUUUUAGUGAUUAUACAAAUACUACUCGGCCCGCAGGCUUAUAGGUUUACAUCAUCAUGAGUGGAUCAUUUGACCUCGCAGCUUACUUGGUGAUAUUACUAGUCGCGUCUGCCUUGGCGGACGUCGGCGAGGAUUACGAUUAUACAUACACAAAUUUCUUCCCGGAGCUGUCAAACCAGCGCUCAGAAUUGGAUACCACGGACGCGGACCCCCACGAAAUUCACGAAUUCCGCAAGGCUGUACCGAAGUUGGCCACGGUCCGAGACGACGAUGGCUUGCUGUUUAGGUCCACGACACUACGGCCGAUCAUCACAUUGAUAAACGUGAGCGGGGCCGACCGAAGAUUGGGGCAGACGACAGUCGUUAAGAAACGCGGCGGUGUACCUUGGCCUUACGCUACAGACUUUAAUCGUAGGAACUAUAUUAUUUUAUUUAUUUCUUACUCAUUGUCAUGUGUGUGUGUGUGUGUGUGUGUGUGUACACUGUUCUAUUUCCGCGCAGAUAUGGAAACGAGCGUAUUAAUGAGACCCAUUGAAAAUCGCAUUCAGACAAGCACAGCUAAACAAACUACGUCAUCACUAGCUGCAUCAAAUCGCGUUUUCGACUUCAGGUGGAACGAUUUGAUUAAAAAAACUACUCAAAUAUCACACUAGUCAACGUCCGGUAAUCUGUAAUACUAUAAUGUAGGUAACUUAUAUUAUAUAUAGUUAUAUUUACU